ACAGCUCGGCGCGCCAUUGGGCGGCGGGAGCGAGGGCCCCCGCGCGGCGGCCCGCCUCUCGGCGCCGGGGUAGGCUGAGCCGGGAGGGUCCUCGGCUAAAGCCAAAAGCGGAUCAAAGUGGUGGGACUCGCGCCGCGGCCGCGGAGACGUGAAGGCCCCGCGCACGCCGCCUCGCCGUCCGGGUCGGUGCUCGCCCUCGCUGUGCUGUCCGCGGCCCCAUGGAGAAGACGGAGCUGAUCCAGAAGGCCAAGCUGGCCGAGCAGGCCGAGCGCUACGACGACAUGGCCACCUGCAUGAAGGCCGUGACGGAGCAGGGCGCCGAGCUGUCCAACGAGGAGCGCAACCUGCUCUCGGUGGCCUACAAGAACGUGGUCGGGGGCCGCAGGUCCGCCUGGAGGGUCAUCUCGAGCAUCGAGCAGAAGACCGACGCCUCCGACAAGAAGCUGCAGCUGAUCAAGGACUACCGGGAGAAAGUGGAGUCCGAGCUGCGGUCCAUCUGCACCACGGUGCUGGAAUUGUUGGAUAAGUAUUUAAUAGCCAAUGCAACUAAUCCAGAGAGUAAGGUCUUCUAUCUGAAAAUGAAGGGAGACUACUUCCGGUACCUUGCUGAAGUUGCUUGCGGCGAUGAUCGGAAACAAACGAUAGAUAAUUCCCAAGGAGCUUACCAAGAGGCUUUUGAUAUAAGCAAGAAAGAGAUGCAACCCACACACCCAAUCCGCCUGGGGCUGGCUCUUAACUUUUCUGUAUUUUACUAUGAGAUCCUUAAUAACCCAGAACUUGCCUGCACACUGGCUAAAACGGCUUUUGAUGAGGCCAUUGCAGAACUUGAUACACUGAAUGAAGACUCCUACAAAGACAGCACCCUCAUCAUGCAGUUGCUUAGAGACAACCUAACAUUAUGGACAUCAGACAGUGCAGGAGAAGAAUGUGAUGCGGCAGAAGGGGCAGAGAACUAAGUGCAUACAGGGUGUCAUCCUUCUUCCCUCAAGAAACCUUUUUACUCAUCUCCAUUCCUUAUUCCAUUUGGAUUUCCUGUAGCAAAGAAACCCAUUCCUGUGUAUGGAA